AUGCAGGCAGGCCUGCGAUUCUGUCGCCAUGGCAGCGAGUCUUCACCACCUCCCCUGCGAUUUACACCUGUUGCGAAGAAUGAGUCAGCUUUAGCUUGGGACUUGGUGGCCGAAGGAACAACGUGGCAGGUGGCAUCGCUUCCUGAGGACCUGUCGGGUGGGACGAAGGGCACAGAGCGGAUGUGGCACCUACCUUCCCAGCAGCGGCCCGAGCAGAUCUUGCUAGAUCCCUUUGCUCUUCUGAAAGCAGCGUCUGCAGAGGGCCCUGGGGCCAGGUCAGCUUGGGACUUGGUGGCCGAGGGAACAACGUGGCAGGUGGCAUCGCUUCCUGAGGACCUGUGGAGUGGGACAAAGAGCACAGAGCGGAUGUGGCACCUACCUUCCCAGCAGCGGCCCGAGCAGAUCUUGCCAGAUCCCUUUGCUCUUCUGAAAGCAGCGUCUGCAGAGGGCCCUGGGGCCAGGUCCAUCAAUAAUAAGACCACUGUCCUUCGGGACUAUCUGCUGGAGCAGGACGCGGACCUGGCCUGCGUGACCGAGACCUGGCCCUUGAGGGGGGACACUGGGAAGCGCCUGGAGCUGGAUGGCAGAGUGCCAUCCAGGGAACAGGAGGAGCCUCUUUGUUCUUUCCCCUGCAGGGCAGGCCUGUUGACGGGCCGCUACCAGACCCGCUCCGGCAUCUACCCCGGUGUGCUGUACCCUGGCUCGCGAGGAGGCCUCCCGCCUUCCGAGGUGACCGUGGCUGAGCUGCUGAAGAGCCGGGGCUAUGCCACCGCCAUGGUGGGCAAGUGGCACUUGGGGGUCGGACCCAACGGAACCUUCCUGCCCACCCGCCAGGGCUUCGACCACUACCUGGGGGUGCCCUACUCUCAUGACCAGGGUCCCUGCCAGAACCUCACCUGCUUCCCCCCCAACACGAGAUGCUUCGGCAUAUGCGACCAAGGCGUGGUCCUGGCCCCGCUCUUCUGGAACCUCAGCAUCGUGGAGCAACCUGUCUCCUUCCCCCGCUUGGAAGCCCACUACGACGCUUUCGCCCGAGACUUCAUCGCCACUUGUGCCCGCCGCAAGCAGCCCUUCUUCCUCUAUUACGCCUCCCACCACACCCACUACCCCCAGUUUGCCAGCCAGGAAUACACCGGGAGGACGCCGAGGGGGCCUUUUGGUGAUUCCCUCAUGGAGCUGGACGGCUCGGUGGGGCGCCUCUUGCAAGCACUGCAGGAGAGCCGGGUCUGCGACAACACCCUGGUCUUCUUCACCUCAGACAAUGGCCCGGAGACCAUGCGCAUGUCUCGGGGGGGCAGUUCAGGCCUCCUCAAGUGUGGCAAAGGGACGACCUAUGAGGGCGGGAUGAGGGAGCCCGCCAUAGCUUACUGGCCUGGUCGCAUCACUCCCGGGGUGACCCAUGAACUGGCCAGCACCUUGGACAUACUGCCAACUCUAGCAGCUCUGGCGGGGGCGCCCUGCCCCAACAUCACCUUGGAUGGCUUCGACCUCAGCCCUGUCCUCUUUGGAAGCGGAAAGAGCCCCCGCAAGACGAUGUUCUAUUACCCGCCAGCUCCCAACCCGUCGCUGGGUGUCUUUGCUGUUCGUUACGGAAAGUACAAAGCCCACUUCUUCACACAAGGUGCCUUCCACAGCGGCACAACCCCCGACAAAGACUGCCAUGGGCUGACCCCGCUGGUGCCCCGGGAGCCCCCCCUCCUCUAUGACCUCGAGUCGGAUCCGGCUGAGAACUACAACCUUCUCUGGGGAGGAGCGGUCAAGCCGGAUGUUCUGGCUGUCCUCGAGGAGAUACGCCUGCAGAAGUCCACGUUCGACAAGCAGAUGGUCUUCGGGGAGAGCCAGCCGGGGCGGGGCAAGGACCCCUCGCUUGAACCCUGCUGUGCCCCCCAGUGCCCGUCCAAGCCUUCCUGCUGCAGCUGCCUGUCUCCCUCGCGGCACCACCUGCCCCUCUUCUCCGCCCCUGCAGGAAUCAUCCUUUAA